GCAUAACCUUGGUAAACAUUAACAUAGACGACGUAGAAGUCGAGCUUCGAUUCAGUUAAGUUAUCGAUGACAAAGAGGAAAGUACUAGUGAAUAUGAAAAAUUUCGACACGUUAAACGUUAGUCUAGAUUCAGUGGACCUUUGGUCAGUCUCCUCGGAUGGAGACCAUAUGACAAGAGAUCAAGAUAAUCACGAGAAUAGAAACGAAAAUACAAUAUAUUGUAAAACCAAACCGAAGAUAAAGAUGAAUAAGAAAAUGGAGGAAUUUUACGAUGUUCAAACAAAGGCAAAGAAAACUCAAGAUAUUCCUCUGUUAAGAAGUUAUACAAUAACUGAAUCUGGUGACAAAAUUUUGGAUGAGGCGAAAAAACCAAAGGCGCCGAGACAUAAGCAAGUUCAUUUUUCUGCUUUUCUCAAAAUUAGAGACGAUACGGGAUUAUGCUCAGAAAGUAGGAUUGUUGAGUCAACUUCUCCCACCAAUAGAAAAAAGCUCUCCCGCGUUGGCGCUAAAUGUCGUUAAUAAUCACUUCUCAUGAAUAAUAUAAUUACAUCAUAGGGGGUUCAAGAAUAAACAGACAAAGGACUGUUGAAAUCAUCAUCGUCAUUAUUGACCUACAUUUUUUAUUGCUCCAUUAGGAUAAAGCAGAGAGGAAAUAACGAGAAGAGAGGAGUACUGUUUAUUCCUAAAUUCAACAAAAUUAAUUGCAGCACUUAGUGUUCUUCACCUCUUAUAUGGAGAGUCACUAUGGUUAAAAAAAAACAAGAUAACUAAAGAAAAUUAAUCAAUGGCUAGGGAAGAGAGAGGGAGGGAGGGAGGGAGGGGGGAGUGAGAGAAAAUAUAAAGAAUAAAACAAUAAACAGAGAGGGGGCUUAAUAUGGAUUGAAAAUUGGAAAGAAGGAAGAAAACUAAGAGAGAGAGAAG